AUGUCAAUUGAUAAGGACCCAUCCGGAAAGAGGGCCCGGUGGAUCCUUGAACUGGACCCGUAUAACUGGAGUAUGCAGCACAAGGAGGGGCGCCGUCAUACUAAUGCGGAUGCCCUCUCACGGCGCCCCGAAGGGGUCCUGGGCCCUGCCCCCCUGGUCAAUGUGAUAAGCUCCUCUCCAGCGCCACACUCCGCUCCUAUUGAUGCCCAGGUCAGGGUGCACUUUCCUCCGGUGCCCUCUCUGCCGGUGCCCUCUCCGCCUGUGCCCUCUCCGCCUGUGCCCUCUCCGCCUGUGCCCUCUCCGCCUGUGCCCUUUCCGCCUGUGCCCUCUCCGCCUGUGCCCUCUGCGCCUGCACCCUCUCCACCCGGGGCUCCUCCUGUGGGUGGAGAACGCUGGCAUUCACUGAUGGGUGACAGUGAUUAUAUUGCCAGGCUUCAGAGGGAAGAUCCGGACAUUGGUACUGUAUUGGACUGGAUCAGGGCUGGGGGUUCUCGUCCACCAAGGGGGCAGUUGCGUGGCUCGCGGUGGCUGCGGAAAUUGUGGGCGGAGUUCCCCAGGCUUUCCCUGGUGGGGGAGCUUCUUUGCCGGACAGUUUAUCCCUCUCCUGUGGGGGAACCCCAGCAUCAAGUUGUGGUGCCGGCAUCGCUGGUUCCAGAGUUGUUAAGCCAGUUGCACGGCGGCCCUGUUUCUGCACAUUUUUCAGCGGAGAGAGUGUGGACGCAGGCCAGGACGGUCUGUUAUUGGCCCUCCAUGCUCAAAGACAUUAGGCAGUGGUGUGAACAGUGUGUACCAUGUCAGACUCGCAAAGCCCCAGUACCUAAACACAGGGCUCCGAUGGGAGGGUUGCAGACUGUGCGUCCGUUUCAGCGUGUGGCUGUGGACAUUUUGGAACUUCCGUCGCCCGUCUGGUGCCCGCCCUGGUCUGACCUGUGGGUCUCCUGA